UCAGACUCAGCUCGCUGUUGACUUUGUUUUUGUUGUGGUGCGGAGCCGGCGGGCGCAUUUCAUCUGUUUAUGGAAAAACCAGAACCCGAAGCCGAAAUGAGCGAAAGUGCGCCGGAGAAGGAGGUGACAUCCGAGCCCGAGCAGGGAGGGAAGCCAGAAGGUCAAGACCUGGUUUCCUCCCCGCCGGCACACACGGAUGUUAAAGAUGAAACCCCCAAGGACGCUGCAGAAGCCCCACCCCCAAAGGAAGCCCCUUCCCAGGACUUUGCCGCCUACGAGGAGCACAUGACCUAUGCGGCGGACGGAGGUGCCAUAUACACUGAUCCCAGCACCAAACAGAAGUACAAGUGGUGCAACACCGAGAACAACUGGAUACCCCUAUCCGCCGAUGAGGCGGCCAAGGCCGGGGAUCUCUACGAGAACGAGCACUACAAGUGGUGCCCCAAGACCGAGCAGUGGCUGCCAAAGACCCAGGAGACGGAAACGGAGCACUACAAGUGGGACGAGAAGCAGCAAAAGUGGCUGCCGAAGCAGCAGAAGCCCGGACAGGAUGCGGUCUACGGCCUGGACGAGCAGGGCGAGCGCACCUACACGGACAAGGACGGGUCGGUGUUCUUCUGGGACACCGCCAAGGGCGCCUGGUUUCCCAAGAUCGACGAUGACUUCAUGGCCCGCUACCAGAUGAACUACGGGUUCAUCGACAACACAUCGGCGGGCGAAAAGGAGAAGGCUGAGAAGGAGGCGGCGGAGGCGAAGAGGAAGGCGGAGGAGCUCAAGAGGAUGACGGCCGAGGCGGAGGCCGCCAUGGCCAAGGGAAGCGCGGAGUCCGCCACUGUGGCGCCAACAGGGAAGCGAAAGCCACAGGAGCCACCCAAGUGGUUCGAAAUGGAUCCCUCGCAGAACACCAAGGUAUACGUCUCGAACCUGCCGCUGGACAUUACCAUGGAGGAGUUCGCCGAGCUGAUGGGGAAGUGCGGCAUGGUGAUGCGGGACCCGCAGACCCAGAAGUUCAAGCUGAAGCUCUACGCCGAGAAGGACGGGCAGAUCAAGGGCGACGGCCUCUGCGACUACAUCAAGGUGGAGAGCGUCAAUCUGGCUUUGAAAAUUUUGGAUGAGUACAACUACCGGGGCCACAAAAUACGGGUCCAAAGGGCACAGUUCCAAAUGCGUGGGGAGUACAAUCCCGCCCUGAAGCCCAAGCGUAAGAAGAAGGACAAGGAAAAGUUGCAGAAAAUGAAGGAAAAAUUAUUCGACUGGCGACCAGACAAAAUGCGCGGGGAGCGUUCCAAGAACGAGAAAACCGUCAUCCUUAAAAACCUCUUUACUCCGGAACUCUUUGAACAACAAGUGGAACUCAUCCUGGAGUACCAGAACAAUUUGCGGGAGGAGUGUGGCAAGUGCGGAAUGGUCCGCAAGGUGGUCAUCUAUGACCGUCAUCCUGAAGGCGUUGCUCAAGUAAACAUGUCCAGUCCGGAGGAGGCGGACCUGGUCAUACAAAUGAUGCAGGGACGUUUCUUUGGUCAAAGGAAACUAACCGCAGAGGCUUGGGACGGCAAAACCAAAUACAAAAUCGAUGAAUCGGCAACUGAGGCCCAAGAACGGCUCUCCAAGUGGGAUGAAUUUCUGGACGAAGAGGAGGCUGAGAAGAGCAAGGAGCUCAAAGAUGUGGCUGAGGGCGAGGAUGCGAGCCCUAAGGAGCCCACCAUUGCACCCGGAGAUGCCACCCCCUAGACUCCACUUACCUGCGAU